UCUCUCCUCCCGCAACUAAAAUCCCGAGCUAACAAUACAGUGAUCCCACAUCUCUUUCUUUCUCAUUAGACAGCAUGUCAUCAGAGGUUUCAUAUCUCAAGGAAAAGCUCUUGAAGCAUACCUCGUUUCUUGGUCUGCGAUUAUGGAUGGUGAUAGUUGCAUUCCUGAUAUUAUUCAUUCUUCUGGUUUUCUUUAUCAUCUCUCUUUGUGUUAUCCAUUAUCGUCGUCGAAGAUCCUACAAGCAGGCCCCCUUCUGCCUACCAAACCCCAUUGCUCCCAAGCACAAUUAUCACAGUCCUUACAGCACUUCCUCACUCAAUAGGAGGCUCCUUCCGCUUAAAGUUUCGAAGAUCGAGACGAACAUGACAAAGCCAGAGCUUGAGGUAAUGCUAUCUGACCAGUUGUCUACUCGUGCUAGCAUGACAACGCAAGAGAGUCUGCCUGAUUCGGAGCACUUUGCCAAGUGCUCGCCUCCGGUAUCAGAAACCUGGACGGGUAACCACUUCAGUUUGAGGGAGGCUGAGAUUGUCACAAAUGGUUUCGCGUAUGAGAAUUUAAUCGGACAUGGAGAUUAUGGUGUUGUCUACCGCGGCGUUUUGUUAGAUCAUACGCGAGUGGCAGUGAAGAGGCUACUAAGUAACAGUUGCCAAACCGAGCACUUCUUAACAGAGGCAGAGGCAAUCGGUAAUGUUCGACACAAAAAUCUUGUCAAGCUGCUAGGAUACUGCGUGGAAGAAGGUUACAGGAUGCUUGUAUAUGAAUAUGUUAAUAAUAGUAAUCUGCACCAGUGGCUCCAUGGGUCCCUAGGACAAACCAGGCCCCUUACCUGGACAAUACGUAUGAAAAUUAUCCAUGGAAUAGCAAAAGGAUUGGCAUACCUCCAUGAGGAUAUUGAACCACAGAUUGUGCACCAAAACGUUAAGGCUAGCAACAUAUUAUUGGAUCAUCAAUGGAAUCCUAAGAUCUCCGAUAUCUCACUUUCUAGGCUGCUGGGUCCAGAGCACAGCCAUGUAACCACUCAUUCAAUGAUCAAGCUAGGGUAUGCCGCUCAAGAGCAUGACUCUAUCAGACUAUGGGAUAAGAAGAACGAUAUUUAUAGCUUCGGAAUACUUAUCAUGGAGAUCGUAACCGGAAGGACCCCUGUGGAUCAUAACCAACCCCAAGUUUACUUAAUUGACUGGUUAAAGUCCAUGGUCGCAAACAAGAAAAUUGCACAUGUACUGGAUCCUAGGAUGCCAGAAAUUCCUUCUAUAAAGGAACUGAAACGGGUUUCAUUGGUCGCCCUACGAUGUGUUGAUCCAGAUUUAGAUCAUAGGCCUCGAAUGGGACAAGUGGUUCAUAUGCUUGAGCCGCGUGAUCUGUUGCUCAAUGAUGAACGUCGCCCCAGAAGAGAGGCUUCCCCUCGAAAUCACACGCAAGAUAGCCAGACGUCUGAACAGGACGUGGUUGCCUCUGACAUGUACGCAGGCAAAAGAGGCUACAAUCAUUACGAGAAAAGGAUAUCGAUAUAACAUGCAUAAAAAUGAUUCACCAUUGACAAUCCGACGCAAAGGCUCUUUUCAGAUUUUCCUUCUAUCCGAUAAAAGCUCAUCCAUACAACAUUUGAUCUUCCGGAGAGA